CUCGUCGGCGGAACCACGCUCCAGCCCACACACACUGAAGAGGCGAAGGGGAAGGUCUGGGACCAUGUGGAGGAUGACGCGCCUGGCGGGGGCCCUGCUGCUUCUGCUGCUCUGCAGUGAAGUGAGGAGUCAGGAUGCCGGGGACACGCCCACCACCGAUCCUCCAGCAGGUGGCAGCGCAGUGGCAGAUGGCCCAGUGUCCACCCUAGCCGCAGGCGCCACAGCGCCACCUGCCACCGAGAGUGCCGCACCGGCCGGAGGCAGCCAGCCACCAGUGACCAUGUCACCAGACGCCCCGGUGACUGCCGCCGUCGCAGCCGGCGUCGAUGACAGCGCGGCCCUGGACGACCUGGUGGAGAUGCCGGCCAGCUGGGAGUGUGUCACGGGGAGAGGAGAGUUGCCGGUGCUCUCCCACCAGCUGCCGCGAACCACCAACAGCUGCGAGGAGACCAAGCGCCUCUUAAUGGGGGUCCCUUUCAAGGUCAAGUGCAAGCCAAACCCCGAGAGCUUGUGUCCGGUGCAGCUCUUCCAGGACCAAGACAUGCUGAUGCUGAGCGCCAGCCACCCCGAACCCAGCAGCUUGGAGGAGGUCAUUAACAUUUUGAACUCCAAGGGCUCCUUGUCCGGCUCCUCAUCCGGCUCCUCGUCCGGCUCCUCGUCCAGCUCCUCGUCUGUGUUCGUGGGGAUCCUGGUGUCCGGACUCCUGGCCGCCGUCGCACUCACGGUGGGCUACUUCAAGUGUCAGCGCCGGUCUGACGGGAAGGGAGCGCAACUGGCGGAUGAGGCCUGUCCCGUGGACCCACAGAACCAGGGCAACACGCUGGUGUCCGUGGCUCCCCUGCAUCCACCACCAGAGACGCAGGAGAAGCCCAACAUCAACGGGGAGACGCCUGACGCCGUCAAGACGGAGACCCCGCCCACCAACGGCCACUCUGCCGCCAAGACUGCCGACACCGAGCUGUGAACCUCACACUCGCGCUCGCUCAUACACGACACACACACACUCACUCACUCACACACUCAGAGACUCAUGGACUGCUCCUCGCACCCGGACCCUCCCCAACUCCAAGACCAGCUUGAUGAUGAUGAUGAUGAGGAGAGACGAUGACGAAGGCUCGGCCCGGGCUGAAGGGAGGACGGACCCGGGGAGCAUGACUCAGCAGCUGCCGCUGCUCAACACAGGAGACUCGUCUGAUCCCAGCAGUGACAUCAUCAUGUCGGCGACCUCAUCUCAGCUGACGUGGGUUUCUCUCCCGUCACUUCCUGUUUCCCACUGUAUAUUCUCGAUUAGCUGCGUUUGUUGACGUCUGUACAGUUUUGUUGUUGUGUUUAUUGGUGCCAAAUCUGUGUUUGUCAUGUGGGUCGGAGCGUGUGGCGCCUCCUGUGCUGCACUGGUCCCACUUUAUCUGCAGCCACUGUAAACAGGAAGCGACAGUGUUUUGUAUCUUUUGUCUAACACGCUAACGUUGACUUGAAUAAACGU